AGGGCAAAAAAUUUAGUAUACCUAGAACCGCCUUGGUGACCUCUAUUCAUCAUUAAAGUAUUUCCGUUUCCCAAUGAAACACCCUGUAUAAAGCUUUUUAAUGACUACUUAAAUGCGCUAUCAGCUGAAUUGUUUAAACUACUUCAGGAAAAUACCAAUAUUAGAAGUAAUUAUAAAAAAUUGACAGAAUGUAUUUUGGCUAAGACGGUGAUUUUUAACCGUAAAAGAGUAGGGGACGUGCAGUAUUUAACAGUAGAAACCUACGGGAGGAACUACGAUACACUUAAUCAAGAAAGUUUUACAGAGGCACUCACUUAAGUUGAAAAGAUUAUAUAUAAAAAUCAUAGGCGUUUUGUAACUGGAGGUAAAGGCUCAAAACCUGUUCCAAUUUUAUUUUCAUUCCAGACGCAAAAAUACAUUAGCCUUUUACUAAAAGUCAGACAAGAAACCAAUGUUGUACCAGAAAACAAUCCAUAUCUUUUUGCAAAUCCUGAUUCCGAAGAUCGCUGGAUGUCUGGCGCAAACACAAUUAGAAAGAUAGCUAUUAAUUGUGGAGCCAAACAUCCAGAACUAUUGACAUCAACUAGAUUUAGGAAACAAAUUGCCACGACUCUGCAAUUAUUAGCCCUCGAUGAUGACGAAAUGGAACAAAUCGCCACUUUUAUGGGACAUACAAAGAAGACACAUACCGAGUUUAACAGACUACCGCAAGAUAUCUACCAGACUGCUAAAGUAGCCAAGAUUCUUUUACUUAUGGAAAAAGGCAAGGGAAAUCGGUACCGAGGAAAAAAAUUAAGUGAAAUCAAUAUAGAUGAUAACGAAUACUAUAGCUCUGAAUACGAAGGCGAUGAAGAACCGAUUAUGCAGAAGGUGCUAAAGCGGGUUACAAGGGGAAAAAACCUGAAGACGAAUUAGAUACUGGAGAUUCUGACAGAUAUGUGCAUCAGUCAACGGAACGUGAUCAACAUAAUGAAAACACAUUAUCAAGAAAUUAUUUUAAAAAGGCGACUAAGCCGUUUCACGAAUCUAACGAAGCAAAUAGUGAAGAACCACCAACAAAAAAAACUAAAGGUAUGAAUAAGUAAAAGUGUCUACGAUCAUCACAAAACAAAAUUUUUUGAUAUUCCGCCAUAUUUUGUUUAAAGUUACGUUAUCAAUGAAUAAAUAUAAAAGUAAAAAGAUAAAAGAAAGAAAAAACGGGAAUACCUGAGAUUUUUCCCUACUUUUGUUUUUUCAAAAUUACCACCGUUAUUACCAGGUUAACAUAGAAAAUAUUUUUGGCGGUUAGAAAUUUUAAUAUUAAAAUAAAACUUUAAAUGAAUAUAGGUCAUAACUUUUUAAACGACCACUUUACUUUUCUGCACUUAAAAUUUGGAUUAUUCCUGUGGAUCCGUCCCUGGAAAAAAUAUGAAAUAAUAAUAUUAGAUAUUAAAAUAUUUAGUUAAAAUAUAUUCAUACGUGAUUUUUUUUGUAUUUUUUUAACGUUUUGACGUUUUUAGAAUCAUCCACGAAAUCCAUCCAGAGAUUCAGAGCCAAAUGGUCAGAUAAUGAAAAACAAGUUUUACUUCAGUACUUUGAAAAACAUAUUGAAACAAAAAUUACCCCUCGGAAACAUGAAUGUGACGAACUACUGAAACUACAUCCACACGUGUUCGAAAAUAAGGACUGGGUCCGAAUAAAAACAUAUGUGUAUAAUACAUUCCGUGAAAGGAAGUGAUUACUUAUUUUUAUUUUUACUGAACCACAUAGAUUAUUUUUAGUUCCAAUAAAUUACUUUUAAAUAA